CAACCAUCGGCAAGUAGCAUUGAUUGCCAAUGCUGAAGAAGAGAAGAGGCCUCUGCUGUUUGUUGAUAUCCAUCUCUGUUGCUUUAUAAUACCAUUGGAGUCGUUUGGGUUGUGUGUAUCGUUCCUUAUUCAAUAUCAGCCAUGUUACUGUUUGGCGGUCCUCAGCAACUUCGGCUCUCUUGUGACAGAUGCCAUAAAAGAAAGCAGCGCUGCACUCGCACCGCAGCCAGUGACGAAAAUCCCUGUCGUCGCUGCAAAGAAGCAGGUGAAAAGUGUGUCUUUAGUCCUCCUCUCCGGCUCGGCCGGCCCAGCAAACGGCAGAAGCAAGAAGGCAAAGUCGAAGAGCCCAGCUACAGAGGCCAGGAGGGCAGUUUCUUGGCCAUUUCCAAUCAAGACCUCUCAGGAACAACGACAACAACAACAUCAACAAUAUCUGCAACUACACAAGACGAGAACAGCUCAAGGCUAGAGACUUCCUCGCCCUUUUCGAUUGAUGGUAUGGGAGAGAUGGAGAACUCUCCUGCUGACCAGCACGAGCUGGCCUGUACCGCCUCUUUAAUGAAUCACAAUAUUGUUGCAAAGUCUUUUGAAGUUUGGCCACUACCUCUAGAUAAUUACCCCGACCCGACAAUAUCAGUCACAACGCCCGGCUUGUUCCGUGGACCAUCUACAAUCUACAACGACGAAGCGUGGUCGGAUCUAUUCCACGACAAAGCGCACUCAGAGCCUCCAGCCUCUUCUCACAUAGAUCCGUUAGAUCCAUCUCUGAUGAUGAUGCCUGGAGCCUCUGCCAGCGACUCCGCAAUUGGGUCAAUAGACCACUGCCCUUCCGACAUAGCAGAAUCACCGAUAAUGGACCCGAUAUCAAUGCUUUCACAAAUCCAACUAAAGCUCCACGGGAUUCAGACUCGAAGACCUCCCCAAGCAGCAGAGCUCCAGAUCAUUGUGAAUCAAACUGUACAAAUUGCUCAAAAGUUUAUGGAGGUCUUGAAUCAGAUCUUACCACCACGCACAACCGAUUCUAGCCCAGCAUCCGUUCAGCAGCGGCAACACAUACCUCACUCUGUACCCACGAGGGACGCGUCCAUCUCAUCUAACGAGGAGUCGCCAUUUCAUCUAGAAUGGAAUAGACGGCAGCAGCAGCAGCAACAGCAGCAGCAGCAAUACAUAUCAACAUCAACAGGCACAGUCGACACUGUGGAAAUCCGAUUGGCACUUAUUUGCUACAUACAGAUCCUACGCAGCUACAAAAACCUUGUGCAUAUGCUAGACAACUCCAUGUCCACGGCUGAGGCGCAACAAUACGACCUUUCAGACUUUGUGCCUGUCCAGAUCGGCAGCCUGCAUACGGUGGUAAGCCCGCGGUUACAAAUUGCACUGUUAGUGCAGCUCAUCUCGCAGCACACAGAGGAGAUCAGGCACAAGACUCGCCAAUUGGCAACAAAAGUCGAAACUCGGUCGAACAUGGACCCGAGCCACCCAGGAGCCCCCAUCAACAACAUUAUUGGCAAGGAUAUACGGGGCGAAGAAGAAGACCUGCGAGAUAGACUGGAUUCGAUAUCAGAGAGGCUGAACAUGCAUUCACAGUUUCAAGACCACCGGAGUCUCGAUCGAUAACAGGGCACCUAAGGAAUAUCUUAUUUAUUGCAUCUAUCAUCUCAAAGGACGUC